UCCACCAGUGCAUGCCUCGGGGUUCUCACCGCGGCAUCCACGGGCAAAGCGGCAGAACUACGUUGUCAGCGAACUACCUCGUCGAUUCCUCGCGCAUUUACACAGGCUUCUUCUACGUCCGAGCUUGUGACACCCCAGCCUAGCAUCGACUACGCCACCUCUUCAGCUGACCAUGCCCACCACCGACGACAUGAAAACCACCGCCGCCAGCGCCACGGCGUCUACCGAUUCGUGCAGCAAUUGCUCGGACACGCCCGCGACCGUCGACUACCCCAACACGUUUGAAGGACCGGAAAAGAACCUUGAAAUCGAUUUCACCCCCGCCGGUCAUCCCGACGGUCUCCGCGCGCUCUCACGCACCCAGCUGGACGCGUUGUGCGAUGUUGCCAAGUGCACGAUUCUGUCCAAGAUCUCGAACGCGUCGCUGGACGCGUACGUCCUGUCAGAAUCGUCCCUAUUUGUCUACCCGCGCAAGUUGCUCAUGAAGACGUGCGGCACGACCACGUUGCUCAAGACGCUGCCCCUCAUCAUGGAGUACCUCCAAGAACUCAACAUGGCCAUUGAAAAAGUGCGGUAUUCCCGCAAAAACUUUCUCCAGCCCGAAGAACAGCACUUCCCGCACACGUCGUUCAGCGUCGAAGUCGAAUACCUCAACGAUUUCUUUCCGAACGGCGUGGCGCAUGUCCUCGGCCCGAUCACGGGUGACCACUGGUACUCGUACAACUGGGACGCCGACACGCACGGCCCCAACUCGUCCGUGUCGACCAACGUGUGCGACGAACGAAAGAGCGAGCACACGGUGCAUAUGCUCAUGCAAGACAUGCACGCCGACGCGGCCGCGCACUUUUUCAAGCGCGACAACGGCAUGGACGGCGCCAAGAUGAGCGAGGCCAGCGGCAUCCGCGACCUCGUGCCGAAUGCCAUCCUCGACUCGUUUGCGUUUGAGCCGUGUGGGUACUCGAUGAACUCGAUUGAGGACGACGUGUACUCGACGAUUCACAUCACGCCCGAGAGCCACUGCAGCUACGCGAGCUUUGAAACGAACGACAAGGUCGGCACGUACGCCCCCAUGGUCGAGCGCGUCCUGGCGGUGUUUCGUCCGAGGAAGAUGACCCUCACCAUGUCGGUCCUCGGCGAGCUCACGAUGAAAGACCACGUGUUCCAGAAGUGCCAGUUCAAGGGGUACAAGCGCCGCGGAGGAUGGACUCAAGUGCACAUGGACGGCGACCUCAUCUCGCUCAAGGCCAAUUUUGUCAUUGUCGAAUAACACACCGAGGUGGCGAUUUCACGCUCGAUUUGGUAUCGUUGGAUAGCAAGCGUGGAUGCAAUUGCCAUGCUGUAUUCCAAGAGUAACAUUGCAUUUUGUACCUGU